AUUCACUGAUUGCUCCUGACUGCGUGGCGAGAGGGAGUCGAGAGGCAGGCGGCAGAGCUCGCUCCCAUCCCGAGAGCCCGCUCCCCUUCCCUCCCGUUCCCCCAUCCAGCCCUAUUCUGGGCUUUCCCUUCCAGAUGGAACUGCUCUGACUGCCAGCAGGUCCCAGCAGCACCCCCAGCCCCACCUCCAGUAACACGGCCCGGCCUCGUCAUGGCAGCAGGAGUGGCAGCGUGGUUGCCCUUCGCCAGGGCGGCUGCCAUAGGAUGGAUGCCAGUGGCCAACUGCCCCAUGCCGCUGGCUCCCACGGAGAAAAACAAGAGGCAGGAUGAGCUGAUCAUCCUCAAUGUGAGUGGCAGGCGCUUCCAGACCUGGAGGACUACACUGGAGAGGUACCCGGACACUCUCCUGGGCAGCACGGAGAAGGAGUUCUUCUUCAACGAAGACACCAAGGAGUACUUCUUUGACCGGGACCCCGAGGUCUUCAGGUGCAUCCUCAAUUUUUAUAGGACUGGCAAGCUGCACUACCCCAGGUACGAGUGCAUCUCUGCCUACGACGAAGAGCUCGCCUUCUACGGGAUCCUCCCCGAGAUCAUCGGGGACUGCUGCUACGAAGAGUACAAGGACAGGAAGCGGGAGAACGCGGAGCGCCUGAUGGACGACAACGACUCGGAGAACAACCAGGAGGGCUCCAUGCCCUCGCUGAGCUUCCGGCAGACCAUGUGGCGAGCCUUCGAGAACCCCCACACCAGCACCUUAGCCUUAGUCUUUUACUACGUCACCGGGUUCUUCAUCGCCGUCUCUGUGAUCACCAACGUGGUGGAGACCGUGCCCUGCGGCACCGUGCCGGGGAGCAAGGAGCUGCCCUGCGGGGAGCGCUACGCCGUGGCCUUCUUCUGCCUGGACACGGCGUGCGUGAUGAUCUUCACCGUCGAGUACCUGCUGAGGCUCUUCGCGGCGCCGAGCCGCUACCGCUUCAUCCGCAGCGUGAUGAGCAUCAUCGACGUGGUGGCCAUCAUGCCCUACUACAUCGGCCUGGUGAUGACCAACAACGAGGACGUCAGCGGGGCCUUCGUCACGCUAAGGGUUUUCAGGGUUUUCAGGAUUUUCAAGUUCUCCCGCCAUUCCCAAGGCCUGAGAAUCUUGGGCUACACUUUGAAGAGCUGUGCCUCCGAGCUUGGCUUUCUCCUCUUUUCCCUCACUAUGGCAAUCAUCAUCUUUGCAACUGUGAUGUUUUAUGCGGAGAAAGGGUCCUCGGCGAGCAAAUUCACCAGUAUUCCUGCUUCCUUUUGGUACACUAUUGUAACCAUGACAACACUGGGCUACGGGGACAUGGUGCCCAAGACCAUCGCGGGGAAGAUCUUUGGCUCCAUCUGCUCGCUGAGCGGGGUGCUGGUCAUCGCCCUGCCCGUGCCCGUCAUCGUCUCCAACUUCAGCCGCAUCUACCACCAGAACCAGCGCGCCGACAAGCGCCGGGCCCAGAAGAAGGCGCGCCUGGCGCGGAUCCGCGUGGCCAAGACGGGCAGCUCCAACGCCUACCUGCACAGCAAGCGCAACGGGCUGCUCAACGAGGCCCUGGAGCUCCCGGGAUCCACCGAGGAGGAGCAGCACAUGACUAAAGGCACCUCCUUAAUCGAGAGCCAACACCACCAUCUGCUGCACUGCCUGGAAAAAACAACUGGAUUGUCCUAUCUUGUGGAUGAUCCCCUGUUAUCUGUACGAACUUCCACCAUCAAGAACCACGAGUUCAUCGACGAGCAGCUGUUCGAGCAGAACUGCAUGGAGAGCUCCGUGCAGAACUACCCCUCGUCGCGGAGCCCCUCGCUGUCCAGCCAGGCCGGGCUGGGCUCGUCGUGCUGCUCGCGGCGCCCCAGGAAGAGCGCGCACCUGCCCAACUGCAGCGUGCCCGCCACGCGCCUGCGCAGCAUGCAGGAGCUCAGCACCAUCCACAUCCAGUGCAGCGAGCAGCCCUCCCUCACCACCAGUCGCUCCAGCCUCAACAUGAAGGCGGACGACGGGCUGCGGCCGAACUGCAAGGCGGCGCAGAUCACCACGGCCAUCAUCAGCAUCCCCACGCCGCCGGCGCUGACCCCCGAGGCCGAGAGCCGGCCCGGCCCGGGCAGCCCCGGCCCCGCCACGAACGUUCCCAACAUCGUCAAGGUCUCCGCCUUGUGAGCCGGGCCGAGCCGAGCCGAGCCGGGCCGGGCCGGGCUGGGGCUGCGCGUCCCGUCCCGCAGCGGGCACGGCACGGCUGGCACGGCACGGGCAGGGCUGGCACGGCACGGCACGGCUGGCACCGCACGGCACGGCACGGGCAGGGCUGGCACGGCACGGCACGGCCGGCACGGCACGGGCAGAAGCGCUGCAGGCGGAUCCAGCUGUGCCCCCGAGCGCCCGCACAGCUGGAG